AUGGAACUUUCUACGCAGCCGUCGCCGACGACGGCCAAGAAGCUCGGCCUCGAGUCUGGCCAGGCCCUCAUGGCUGAGGGUCCGCUGGUUCUGCACGAGUAUGUCGCCUCCAAAAUCGGCGCCGCUAUGGGCCGUGCCAUGCCUCAGAUGGACGUGCGCUUCAAUAACCUUUCGGUCAGUGCCGACAUCGUCGUGGUGGACGACCCGGGUGUCAAGCACGAGCUGCCGACCAUCCCGAACACCAUAAAGAAGGCGUUCGUAGGCCCCAAGAAGCGCGUCGUGCGCAAGCAGAUUCUUAAGGAUGUGAGCGGCAUGUUUGCACCUGGCAAGAUCACACUACUUCUGGGCCAGCCUGGCUCCGGCAAGUCGUCACUACUUAAGAUGCUUAGUGGACGCUUCCCCAUCGAGAAGAACAUCACAGUGGAGGGCGACAUCACCUUCAACAACGUACAGCGUGAACAGAUUAUUAAGCGUCUGCCUCAGUUCGUGGCGUACGUGAACCAGCGCGACAAGCACUUCCCCAUGCUCACCGUCAAGGAGACGCUCGAGUUCGCACACAAGUUCUGUGGUGGCGAGUUGUCGAAGCGCGGCGAGGAGAUGUUGUCCAAGGGGUCCCCUCAGGACAACCUGGAGGCGCUCGAAGCGGCCAAGGCCGUGUUCGCCCACUACCCAGACAUUAUCAUUCAACAGCUUGGCCUUCAGAACUGUCAGAACACCAUCGUUGGUGACGCCAUGACUCGUGGUGUUUCCGGUGGUGAGCGCAAGCGUGUGACGACGGGCGAGAUGGAGUUCGGUACCAAGUACGUGACGCUCAUGGACGAGAUCAGCACGGGUCUCGACAGUGCGGCCACGUACGAUAUCAUCAACACACAGCGCAGUGUGUCGCACACGCUCCGCAAGACGGUGGUGGUGGCCCUACUGCAGCCGUCUCCGGAGGUGUUUGCACUGUUCGACGACGUCAUGAUCCUGAACGAGGGUCAAGUCAUGUACCACGGCCCGUGCCAUCGCGUGGAAAAGCACUUCGAGAGUCUGGGCUUCUCGUGUCCGCCUGAACGCGACAUUGCCGACUACUUGCUGGAUCUGGGUACACCUGAACAGUACCGCUACCAGGUGCAGAACUACCACAUGAAGCAGCCGCGCAGUGCCGGCGAGUUCGCGGAUUUCUUCCGUCGCUCCGACGUCCAUCGGGAGAUGCUCAACGAGCUGGCGGCUCCGCACGAACAGGACCUGCUACGCAACGUGGCCGAGGUGAUGGAACCGACGCCGGCGUUCCACCAGUCGUUCGUCGAGAGCACGUUGACGUUGCUCCACCGUCAGUCCAUGGUGACGUACCGUAACAAGCCCUUCAUCUUCGGCCGUCUGCUCAUGAUCGUCAUCAUGGCUCUACUGUACGCCACAGUCUUCUACGACUUCGAUCCCAAGGAGGUGUCUGUGGUCAUGGGCGUCAUCUUCGCCACCGUCAUGUUCCUGUCCAUGGGUCAGUCGUCGCAGAUCCCGACGUACAUGGCGGAGCGCGACGUGUUCUACAAGCAGCGCGGCGCUAACUUCUUCCGUACCCCGUCGUACGUGCUGGCCACAUCGGUCAGUCAGAUCCCGUUGGCAGUCGUGGAGACGCUCAUCUUCGGCUCGCUGGUCUACUGGAUGUGCGGGUUCGUGUCGGAGGCCAAGCUGUUCCUCAUCUUCGAGUUCAUCCUGUUGCUGUCUAACCUGGCCAUGGGCAUGUGGUUCUUCUUCCUGUCGGCCAUCGGUCGCAACGGUGACAUUGCCACGCCUCUGGGUAUGAUGUCGGUGCUGGUGUUCAUCAUCUUCGCUGGUUUCAUCGUGACCAAGAGUCUGAUCCCGGACUACCUCAUCUGGGUCCACUGGAUCAGUCCCAUGACGUGGAGUCUCAAGGCGCUGGCCAUCAACCAGUACCGUUCGGGACCGAUGGAUGUGUGUGUGUACGACGGCGUGGACUACUGUUCAGAAUACGGCCUCAAGAUGGGCGAGUACUACUUGGGUCUCUUCGGUAUGGAUACGGAGAAGGAGUGGAUUGUGUACGGUAUUAUCUACACGGCGGUCCUGUAUGUGGUGUUCAUGUUCCUGUCUUACCUGGCCCUCGAAUUCAUCCGCUACGAAGUGCCUGAGAACGUGGACGUGUCGGAGAAGACAGUGGAGGACGAGUCGUAUGCGAUGCUACAGACGCCUAAGACGAAGAGCGGAACCAACACGGCGGACGACUAUGUGGUUGAACUGGACACGCGUGAAAAGAACUUCACACCCGUGACGGUGGCAUUCAAGGACUUGUGGUACUCGGUGCCGGACCCCAAGAACCCGAAGGAAACGCUGGACUUGCUCAAGGGCAUCAACGGUUUCGCAGUCCCUGGAUCGAUCACUGCUCUCAUGGGCUCGUCGGGUGCUGGUAAGACGACGCUGAUGGACGUGAUUGCCGGCCGUAAGACUGGCGGCAAGAUUUCUGGCAAAAUUCUUUUGAACGGCUACGAGGCCAAUGAUCUCGCUAUCCGUCGUUGCACCGGUUACUGUGAACAGAUGGACGUGCACUCGGAGGCUGCUACCAUUCGUGAAGCGUUGACGUUCAGCUCGUUCCUACGUCAAGACGCCUCGAUUCCGGACGCCAAAAAGUACGACUCGGUGAAUGAAUGUAUUGAGCUGCUCGGUCUGGAAGACAUCGCCGACCAGAUCAUCCGUGGCAGUUCAGUGGAGCAGAUGAAGCGUCUGACAAUCGGCGUGGAGCUGGCUGCGCAGCCAAGUGUGAUUUUCCUGGAUGAACCGACGAGCGGCCUGGACGCGCGCUCGGCUAAGCUGAUCAUGGACGGUGUUCGCAAGGUGGCCGACUCGGGUCGUACCAUUAUUUGUACGAUCCACCAGCCGUCAUCCGAAGUGUUCUACCUGUUCGACAGUCUGCUGCUACUCAAGCGUGGCGGGGAGACCGUGUUCUAUGGCAACCUGGGCAAGAACUGCCACAACCUGGUCGACUACUUUGAGAGCAUCCCCGGCGUGGCCCCGCUUCCCAAGGGCUACAACCCGGCCACUUGGAUGCUCGAGUGUAUUGGCGCCGGAGUAGGCAACGCUGCAAACCAGACCAAUUUCGUGGACUGCUUCAACAAGAGUUCGUACCGACAAGUGCUCGACAGUGAGAUGGCCAAGGAAGGCGUGACCGUCCCGUCGCCCAACUUGCCCGAGAUGAUUUUCGCUAAGAAACGUGCGGCCGAUUCCAAGACGCAGAUGAAGUUCGUCGUCACCCGGUUCUUCCAGAUGUACUGGCGCACGCCGACCUACAACCUGACUCGUAUGAUCCUGGUCAUCUUCUUGGCGCUGUUGUUCGGCAUCGUGUUCGUGGACGCAGAGUACGCGUCGUACUCUGGCCUGAACUCGGGUGUGGGUAUGGUGUACAUGGCUUCGCUGUUCCUGUCCAUGACUGCGUUCCAGAGCGUGUUGCCGCUCGCGAGCUCCGAACGCGCCUCGUUCUACCGCGAGCGCGCGUCACAGACGUACAACGCGUUCUGGUACUUCCUGGGCUCCACGCUGGCUGAGAUCCCGUACUGCUUCGUGGCCGGCGCUCUGUUUACGGUGGUGUUCUACCCGAUGGUAGGCUUCACGGAUGUGGGCGUGGCCUUCAUCUUCUGGCUGGCCACGUCGCUCAGUGUGCUCAUGCAGGUGUACAUGGGUCAAAUGUUCGCGUACGCCAUGCCGUCCGAGGAGGUGGCAGCCAUCAUCGGGCUCUUAUUCAACGCCAUAUUCAUGACAUUUAUGGGCUUCAGUCCUCCGGCGUACGCGAUCCCGUCGGGGUACACGUGGCUGUACGACAUCUCGCCGCUACGCUUCCCCACGUCCAUCCUGGUGGCUCUCAUCUUUUCGGACUGCGACGAUCUACCGACGUGGGAUGAAGCCACACAGUCGUACACGAACGUGGGCUCCAAGAUCGGCUGCCAGCCGAUGGCGGACUCGCCCGUGACUGUCGGCCACAUCACCAUCAGGGAGUACACGGAGGAGUACUUCGGCAUGAAGCACAGCACGAUCACGAGCUACUUCUUCGUGAUUAUUGGGUUUAUCGUGGUGUUCCGCGUACUGGCGCUGAUCGCGCUGCGCUUCAUCAACCACCAGAAGCGGUAG